GGAGGCUGGAUUCAGGCAGCAGCAUCACAGCAAACAACAUCCAGGAAACCCAGGAGAUAAACUAUAGAGGAUCCACAUCGGCACAGCAACCUGUUUUUGCUACACAAAAACUUCUGAAACUUCCUACGACUGCAACAAGACACCAAACUGUGACACAAUGAAAGUUGCUGUUAUUUUCGUUCUGCUGUUUGCCACAGUUCUCUGCCGACCGGCAAGAAAAGAAAGCAGUUCAGAGAGCUCAGAGGAAGUGGUGAGACGACCAGCAGCUCAACCCAGUAGGAAACAAGCAGUACUGGUUCCACAGACCCGUGCAGCACCAGUACAGAAUGUUGUUGCAGCAGUGGCUGCCAGCUCAGAUGAGAGCAUAGACAGUUCAGAUGAAGACGAGCAGCAGGCAGAGGCUCCAGUCGAGGUGAAAUCUGACAGCUCGGCCACGGCUUCAACAAAUACAGCCUCUGUGAACAGCAAGGACAGUGAAGACAGCGACGACGAUGAUGAUGAAACAGAGGAAAGUGAAACCGAAGAAGACGAGGAUGAGUCUGACAGCUCAGAGUCUGGCGAGUCUUCCACCACUGUGCCCUCCACCUUGACCCCUGUGAUCGUCACAGAGGAGCCAGUUCCUGAAACGACUGAGGCACCAAUCGCACCUACCAUCGUCACAGACGAGGAAGCAUCCCGUGGCGACAGCUUCGGAGGAUACCCCAGUGACUACAAGUCCAUUAUCUAUGUGGAGGACAAAUCCUACCAAAAGGUUCCUGGUCCCUACAAGUCCUACGAGUUUGUCAACACCGGAAAGAAGAUGGCCUAUGAUAUGACAGAGGGCAAUGAUGUGGAGAAAUCCCUGCAGGUGUACAAGGCUAUUCACGUCCACCCUGAUCUCUUGGAGGAGGACACAAGCACCCCUGAGGUAGAGAGCCAGGGCCUGGAUGCAUCCUCUGGUACCGCUCAGGACCAGGCUGUCAACGACCGCCAGGCAGCCCUGCCAGAGGAGGCUAGUGCCAGCGACGCCACCACCAGCGAGAGCUCCAGCACCCCAGAAGAAGAGGACGAGAGCGCCAGCACGGCCAGUGACAGUCCAAGUGCCAGCGAGGAGUCAGAGGAUGAGGAGAGCCAGAGCAGCGAGGAGGCCACUGCCACACCUGGAGCUGCUGACAGCGACUCGGAUGAGAGCACUGAGAGUGACUCGGAUGAAGAUGGGGCAGUACCUGACAUCACCACUGACGUGCCAGUGGUCAUCACUGCCAAAUAAACCCCACCCAUUCAUGGAGCGCAUGCUGCAUCCAGAAGCAAAGAACAAACCCUUCCAAAGACACUUUUCACUGCAUGGCAAAACAAGGACAAUCUAGUUAAGUCUUAUUGAUUGGAGUGUAUUCAGACAAUUUCUGUGACAGUCUAGGAAUGUUUUUGGAAACAGAAUUUUUGUUCACCUCGGUUAUAUAUAAAUGUAUUCAUCCUACAACCCAUGGUCCUGGUAGUUUCCUUUUUUGACCCUGCGGUGUAACGGACAACUGCUACCUGCAACAGGAAGACAAUUGACCUCGCAACCUUUUCCAACUCCCCUCCCCAAUUUGUUACUGCUAUGUAUAAGGUCAAAACUGAAUAAAAAAAGACAAACAAUGUUGCGCCGUUAAAUCUACACCAGCACAACACUGCCUUCAAUCAUGAAUUUAUAACUGCAAUGCAAACUUUAAUUAAAAAAAAAAAAA